UGCAGAGACAGUGUCCGGAUUGGACCGACAGACUCACAGACAGACAUCCGUCGAUGCUGCAGCGCUAGUGUGCUCAACAAAGGCUCAGGCCGGGGAGAGGGCCAUUUUUACCAAAUACAAAGGAAGCAGAGCAGCGAGGGAGGGGAGGACUAUGGGAAUGACAGGAAUAGCGAAAUAUCACUUUACGAAAUCGCAAUGUGCCAUUAAACCAAACACUAAACAAUGGGUGAGAAGUGACCAGUCACGACUACAACAGAAUAUACAGUGUUCUAACGACAGUACAGCAAAUAAAUAAUUUAGAUGUCGAGCUGCCUGCUGUCAAAGACGACCGCGCAUCACGGUGGCAAAAUGCCGGAACAGCAAUGAUGAUAUGACGACCCAGACACUGUACGACGUAAUCUAUCCUAAUUUUACAAACAGCCGUGAAAGAUUAUCGUCUGCUGAGGAGCAGUUGGCAGUGAAGUCCCUCACCUCUACUCUUGCAAAGAACUCUUCCUGCUCUUCCACAUACUCUACAACUCAAAGCUGUCAAUCAACCUUAAUCCCAAGUCCACCAAUUGAGAGGCUCACAACACCUUCUCUGACCAGACCAAACCAUCCUAUCUUUAACAUCCCCUGCCAGCCCAUACAAUUUCCCUUAAACCUAACAGAGUCUCAACUUUCCCAUAUCCCUGACAUCCCAUCCCAUUCUACUAAUCAGACUAUCACUACCACUGCACCAACUGUGCUCUCUACCCACAACCACACUCACUCACCCAUGGCUUCUCCAAAGUUAGGUGUGUCAGCAACCACAACCUCUUCUUCAUCCUCCUCCACUGCUGCUUCUCUCUGUGUGCCUCCAUAUCCUGGAAGCCCCAGUUCUAUGCCUCAGGGUCCCCCAAGUCCAGUUACACCCUCUUCCAGCCCAAGCACAGUCCCUUCAGCCCCAGCAUGUGCACCCGUCAGUAUUGCUUUCAUCUUGGAGGAGCUACGUGUGCUGCAGCAGAGGCAAAUCCAUCAAAUGCAGAUGACUGAGGAAAUCUGUCGGCAAGUAUUGAGACUGGGAGGAGGAUCUUGUGAAGUGGAUUCAAAGCCUUUCAUACUACCAUCGCUGCCACAGCUCUGUUUAAAAAGUUCUGAUAACAACCCCAGACCCUCACGACCAAAGUCAUCACCUCCCCCUACCUCUGUGGCCCCUCUUUUGGCCUGUUUCUCAUCCCUGCUACCCCCUCAGACCACCUCUAAGUCCUCUAAACAUGCCCACCCUCUCUUGAAUGUCUUGCGCCCCCAUAAGGCACAAUAUGACAGUGGGGUAGUUUCUCCAGCAAACUUCACCAAUCAUACAAGUGCUGCCACAUCCUCAUCAGUAUCCUCACCUGCUGCCUCAAACUAUCCACUCACACUUUCCCUUGGCCUAUCGUCGCAAAAAUCCUCUAACACCACAGGAGCCAGUGGAAACAGUAGUCUUACCUUCCCAAACCAGUCUCUCCCAGCAGCUGCUGUCCCUUCUGCCCCCUCACAGGAUACAAAACUCUCUGGUCAAGGAGGUACGCCUGUCUUAUCAUCUGGGCGCAUGCAGCAUGCAUGCCGAUUUUGCCGGAAACUCUUCAGCAGCGAUUCAUCCCUGCAAAUACACUUGCGUUCACACACAGGGGAGCGUCCUUACCAGUGCCCUGUAUGUUUCAGUCGAUUCACCACACGAGGGAACCUCAAGGUCCACUUCUUGCGUCAUCGUGAGCAAAACCCUGAACUCUCUUUUUCGUUGUUUCCCUGCUCACUUUUUGCGUCUAUAACUGGGGGAUCAAUGGGAGGAUCAGCACAAAAACAAACGAUCACCUCCACCAAUACAAAUGCUAUUCAGAAGCAUCAGAAACAACAAGAGGAUGAUCUGUGUGGUGACAGUCUUGAGGGCACUACUGCCUCAACACGUGCCACAACCUCAUCUCUGCCUCCUAGUAUUGAUUUGGCUCUGCUGACCACUGCACACUCUCUCCUUCAACUCAACCGUGCUGCUGCGGCUGCGGCUGCUGCAGCCUCCACAUCCACUACCUCCUCAAUAACAUCUUCAUCAUCAUCCUCCUCUCUGGCCUCCACCCUUCUUUCAUCUCCUGCCUCAUCCACCUCCUCCAUUGCUGGGGUAUAUAAAGGAGUGAAACAACAGUGCUUUGAUGAGAACACCCCACCCAUACCUACUCUGCUCCCCCAUUCUGCUUACUCACAGCUUGCCAACUUACCCAAAAUCUUCUUCCCAGCAUCUUCCACUCACCAUCUUCCAGGCCAUGGGUUUCUCAGGCAGACAACUCCAGCCGGGUCAUUCCUGCCAUCCCCGCAACAACAUAUCCCGUUCCCAUUCACAGCUUCAUCCACUGCCCCUUCCAUCUCCACCCCAACCUCGGACACAUCAAAGCUGCAGAGACUGGUGGAAAAGUUAGAGAAAGAACCACAUAGUCAAUCACACUGGGUUUCAUCCAUUGGGGAGACUUCUACCAGCAGCCACAGUGUAGCAAGUGCAUUAAGCUAUAGCACCAGUGGUUUAAUGAGCACAAGUACAUUCAGUACAAAUGUGGUCACCUCACUUCCAUCAUCUACAAUCCAAAUACCAUCAUCCCUCUUCAGCAAGGAGUCACCUUACCUGGGACUUAUGAACUCUGCUGGGACACUUGCCCCAAAUCAGUGUAGCGUGUGCCUGCGGGUGUUAAGCUGCCCAAGAGCAUUGCGUCUGCACCAGGCUACUCAUUUAGGUGAGCGACCCUUCCCCUGCAAGCUAUGUGGUCGUUCCUUCUCAACAAAAGGAAGCCUUCGAGCACACCUUGCCACCCAUCGAGCCCGCCCACCAAACAGUCGUGCCCAGAAUUCCUGCCCCUUAUGCCAACGGAAGUUUACCAAUGCCCUUGUCCUGCAACAUCAUAUCCGCAUGCAUUUAGGAGGACAGCUACCACCAGAGGACAUGCCUGAUACUUCAACAGAAUGUGAUACUUUGUCCCAUUCCCAAUCUAUUGAGCUCUCUGCUUCAGAGAUAAGCCCUAGCAUGGAUGUUCAGUUACUACAUGAUGAUCUACAGUCAGUUUCAGAUUCUAGAUAUACCGAAUCCCUUGCUGUGAGCACUGCUCCCACAGUAUGUCCUGUAACCUCCAGCCUACCUGCUUCAUUUAGCUCAGGUCGUAUACCACCUUUCAACCUAAGCCCUGACCCCUCCUUGAAUCCAACUCCCCAUUCACCUCCAACAUUCAGACCUGAUCCCCCUGAGCUUUCUCUCAGUGUAUCUUCUCCAGUAGAAUCUGCAGCAUCACUUGUCCCUCCUGCCACCCAGUCAGCAUCAGCAACAACUGGUCCUUCUGCAACUAAUGAACUAUCUUUUGAACUUUCCAGCAACACUGCCUCCUUGGAAGAUAAAAAGAUGUCUGCUCUAAUGAAAGCCAGUCCACAAAGAGAUGACUGUGAACUCAGUGAAAAUAUAUCUCUCUCACCUAUUUCUUGCUCUGGAUCCAGAUCAAAUCUGGAGGAUCUUCUUGGUAUACAAGCUCAAAAUGCAUCCAGGAUUCCUAGGCCACAUUCAGCAUCAACACCACCUUCUCUUCUUGCGCUGAGAUCUGAGAGUGUGUCUUCUCAUACGGUACGCCUAGAGGAGCCUGACCAAAGCCUUGUCCAAACAUCCAAAUCAAUCCCCCAAGAGGAAGAAAAGACAGAUGAUAAAAUACAUAAAACACCAAAGAAUGGUCAAAGGGCAACUCCAGAUUUGAGUAUUAAUGCAGAUAUGGUGUCAGACACUGCAGACAAGACAAAUGAGGAUGCAGCUGAGACUGAGGAGCCUGACAUACAUGUGCAGAAGAUCAUAAAGGAAACUCACUCUAGUUCAACCGCAAAGGAUAAAGUGGACCUUAAAGAUACAACAGGAACUGAAAUGGACAAAACAGACUCAACUGUAUGCAUAUCAAUGACUCCCAGUCUUCCACCUCCCAUGCCAGAGAAAAAAAUCUACCACUGUUCUGAAUGUGGAAAAGAGUAUGCAAGUCGCAGUGGACUCAAGGGACAUAUGAAGCACCAUGGAGGAGUUGUCAAGGCACCUCGAGCUCCUGCAAGGACCAAGGGCCCAGAGAGAGUGUCGCAUCAUGAGCGCUCACAAACUCACCACCUUGCAACCUUCCUGCCACCAGGGCAUCAAUGAGUUUUUUUAAACCAAGCCCUCCAAAAACUUCAGCAAGCAUCAGAGAGCUCUCCACAAGGAUCUGUUAAAGAAAUCAGAGAGUGUUGAGAUCAAUCUAAUAGCGGACAAGAAGAAGGAACUUAUAAAGGUUAAUUAUAGACCAUGAUUCUAGACUGUUCACCAAAAAACAAACACCACACACAAUACUGUUUGUACACACAGUAAUCACAUCAUAGAGGGUCUUAACUUGGUUUUAAAAAUGUUCCUGAUCUUUUAUAUUAAAAUACCUGCAUUGUGUAUUUUAAUAUAUGUAAUAAUGUCUAAAUAUAUCUUAUAGUACUUCCUUGAAUAUUAUGUGAUGUUCUUUUUGAUGAAUGUAAAUUAUUUUGUCUGUGCAAGGUUGUCAUGAUGGUUUUUAUUUACUCUUCCAAAGUUAAGAUCUGAAGGUAGCUAAGGAUUUGAACAAUAGCUUUGGGUGAGAAACAGAGCAAAAUUUCUAAAGUCAAUGAUGACAAUUGACUGGUUUCUCACUAAAAGUUAUUGUAUUGGUGUACUAUUUCUUUAUUAAGGAUGGUAACAUUUGUAGGGAGUGCAUUUCAUAUUAAGAAGAAUACUGAUUAAUCAUUUCAAAUGCACUAAAAACAGAUUCUAUAAAAAUGUUUUUAUUUGGUCAAAGAUCUUGUUAGACUAUGUCGAUACCUUGUUCCAUUAUGUUUUGGAGGGCAGUCAUGCACAAAGUGGACAAUGUUAUUAACCUUUGGCCAAAAAAUUCAAGCUCUUAUCAAUUUUCUUAAUAAGCUCAAAUGUUUAAAAAAGCUUAGCACAGACAGUACAGCUGGAGCCCAGAGGAAAUACAUGUAAUAUUGUUUUCCUAGAUCCAACCAAGUGUGAACCAGUGUUUUUGACAAGCUGAUAUUCAAAACACUUCAUAAAAAAAAUUACAUUAGAUAAAUUCACAUGAUAUAUUCUUUACUUGUACUAAAUCAUCAGGCUUUUACUUUUAACAGUUGAAAAGCACCAAAACAACAGAAUGUAAAUAUGACCAGUCAACCUAUGUCCAUUGUGUCCAUGUUUGUCCUGUCCAGCUGUACAGUACUAGACAAUAUACUGCUCUUAACACCAACUAGACUAAAGAGUCGGGUAAGAUUGUUUAACAUGCCUGUAUGUUAGUCAGUGUAAGCUCUUGUUACUUUAAUAUUGUCAGUGUAGCUAUUGAAAAAGGUAGAAUUUGACUGAUUCUGAGAUGAACCACUAUCUAGCUUAAAAAGAUAACCCUUUCUAUAUUUCUUGGUGGAAAUGUUUGUUUCUAUGGUGAUGUUUGUUCUUUGUCUGGAUACUUUUACAUGUAUCUUCCAUAGAAAUGAAUUGGGUGUAUGAGUCUGACUGUGAGUUGUAAUUUCAUGGUACAGCUAAAAGAUAAAAAUGGAAAUAAAAAACUGUGUAUACAUGA